AUGUCUACAGCAACCAAGGAUAUUCUUAGCCGCGUGCAGCGGAUGGUCCCGCCCAUGCUGGAGAAGUUCCACAAGGGGCAAUUGGGUCGCGUCGGCGUCCUUGGCGGUAGCAUCGACUACACCGGAGCGCCGUACUUCUCAGCCAUGGCCAGUGCCAGACUCGGUUGCGAUAUGUCCCACGUCAUCUGCACACCCGGCGCUGCCUCGGUGAUCAAGACCUACUCACCCAACCUUAUGGUGCACCCCCUCAUGCGCCAAUCGCCGUCCGACGCGGCUCCCAGCGGCUCCAAGGACGCGCACACAGACGCCGAAGAGAUCGCCGGCCCCAUCAUUGAGAUGCUCUCCCGCUUGCACGUGCUCGUCAUCGGCCCCGGCCUCGGCCGCGACCCCCUGAUGCAGGACACCGUGGCGCGGGUGAUCCGCGCGGCGCGCGAGAAGUCGCUGCCGCUAGUCCUGGACGCCGAUGCGCUGUUGGUGAUCCAGAAAGAGCCGUCACUGGUCCGCGGGUACAAGUUGGCGGUGCUGACGCCGAAUGUGGUUGAGUUCUCGCGGCUGUGUAAGGCGCUGAAUGUCGACGAGGGAAAGGCAAAGGACCAGGCUGGAGGGUCCGGGGAGGAGAAGGAGACGGCCAAGGUCGAGGCGCUUGCGAAGGCGCUGGAGGGCGUGACGGUCGUGCAGAAGGGCGGCAAGGACUUCAUCUCGAACGGGGAGAAGACGUUGAUCGUUGACUUGGAGGGUGGGCUGAAGAGGAGCGGUGGGCAGGGCGACACGCUCACGGGCUCAAUUGCUACGUUCUUGGGAUGGAGGAACGCGUAUCUUGAGGGUCUGUGGGAUACGGGCGACGAGAAGUUUACGGAGGACGAGCUGAUUGGACUUGCUGCUUAUGGCGGCAGUGCCAUCACGAGGGAGUGCUCCAGACGGGCCUUCAUGAAGAAGGGCCGCAGCUUGCAGGCGAGCGAUCUUACGGAUGAGGUCCACGGGUCGUUUAUGAGUUUGUUUGGAGAGGUUGAUGGAAACGCAGGGGCUACCAAGUUGUGA